AUGGACGGCUCUGAGAUACCGCCCUUCUUCGUUUGCCCGAUAUCGCUGCAGGUCAUGGAGGAUCCCGUCACCCUGUGCACCGGCGUGAGUUACGACCGGGAGAGCAUAAGCCGGUGGCUGUCGGCGUACAGGCAAGCGACGUGCCCCGUCACCAACCAGCCGAUAGCCGACAAGACGCUCACGCCGAACACCACCCUCCUCCGCCUCAUCCACUCCUGGGCGGCGGCGAAGGCCGCGACCACCCACCGGCUCCCGCUAGCGGCGGCUCCGCCGAGAGCUGUCGUCGACGUCUCGGCAAUCCUCGCUCUGGCCGGCGAGUUGAGGAGGCCGGAGGGGCAGCUCAGUGCCAUGAGGAGGAUCAAGGAGCUGGUGCAGGAAAAUGGCGAGUACAGGGACUUCAUGGAGGAGACCGGCGUCACCUCCCUCGUCUCCCAGCUGGUGACGAAACCUCCGCCGCCGGAAGGCUGCGGAUCCCUCCUCAACAACGCCGUCGCCAUUUCCGACGAGGCUACCUCCUUGCUCUACCUAAUGAGCCCGCCGGCGGCGAUCCUCAAGAAGCUCUCGGAAAUCAGAAACGGCGAACUGAUAAGAUCGCUCUCGUCGAUCUUACAGAGGGGUUCAUACCAGGCGCGGGUUCACUCCAUCCUCCUCCUCAGAACCAUUUUCAUGGCGGUGGACGGCAACUUCAAGGCGGACCUCCAGGCCGACCUCUUCGACGGCGCCGUGGAGAUCCUGAAAGACCAGAACUGCGACCGCGCAGCAUCCGUGGCGGCGCUGUCGGUCCUCGCGGAGGUGGCGCCACACGGGAGGAACCGCGUCAAGGCGGUGGAGAGCGGCGCGGUGGCGGCGCUGGUGGAGCUGCUGGCGGAGGAGAAGGGGGAGGGGAGGAAGUGCGAGGCCAUGCUGGCCCUGCUGGAGCAGCUGUCCCGGCGGGCAGAGGGCAGGGCGGCGCUGGUGAGCCACGCCGCCGGCGUCGCCGCCGUGGCCGGGAAGCUCCUGUCCGGCUCCGCCGCCGCCGACGGGAAGGCGGUGCGGAUCCUGCUGCUCCUCUGCAGGUCCUGCGGGGGGAGAGCGCUGGUGGAGGAGAUGGCGGCGGUGGGGGCCACGGAGAAGCUCGUGGCGCUGGCGAGGCAGCAGGAGGGGAACAGCAAGACGAGGGAGAAGGCCAAGGAGAUCCUCGCCAUCAAUCUGGACUCCUGGAGGAGAUCCCCCUGCUUCCCUGCAAACUUUGUCCCCUGA